CUGCCAACUGCUCGUCGAAAGUUAGACAUCGUUUUAACGCGCCUCGAGAAGGAAGCGUUCAUACCUUUUCCCCGAUAAAUAGAAAAAGAUGGAAAGAGGCCUACCACCAGGCGUACUUGACUCGUUCCUUACACUUGAUCGCCUGCAGGGUUACUAUUUUGGUCUUUCUUUCCUUGUAUUUUUCACCAUUCUUUCGCAGCUUUUAGACAUUAAAAUAAUUCAUAUAAAAAUGUCACAAUUGGAGCUAGAUCCUCAAUUUACACAGGGUUUACACCUUCUACAUUCUACUAAUAAAGAUUCUGCGGAACAGCUGCGAGCACUUUUAGAUGAAGCAAUUAAACAAAAAUAUGGGCCAUCAAAGAUGUUAUCGAAUGUAUUACACAAAAAGUAUAUGAUGGAGGAACCGGUGCUGAGUGAUCAUAGUAGCAGCAGUAGUAGUAAAAAAAGCAAAAGCUCCUCUUCUUCUUCCUCCAAACAUUCAAGUAAAUCGAGCAAAAACAGCUCUCCUGUGAAUUUACCAACUCGUGACACACCACCUGAUAUUAUCCAGACUGAUAAUACUCUGGCAUUAGAAAUAUUAGAGGAUGAUCUGACGUGUGUUAUUUGCAAAGGAAUGGAUGUUGGAGCAAGAAACAGACUUGUUGAGUGUUCAGAGUGCCAUUCCUUGUACCAUCAGGAGUGUCAUAUUCCACAUAUUUUAGAUUCUCAAAUAGAUGUUCCAGGACUGGUGUGGUAUUGUUCAAACUGUCCCAAAUCUCAGGUUUCAAAAGAAAGGAGCUCACCAAAAACAGUGAUAGAAAAUAAAUCUAAAGAACAAAAAAAAUCUAAUUCAGGUGGUGGAAAUAAAGUAACACCAAAUAUUCAUAUUAUAAAUGCAGAUAGAAGACUAAAGGAUAUGAUGAAAAAAGCUAAGCAAGAUAAACGAAGCACAAACACUACUCAGAGUUCAAAGAAUUCUCGGUCCAGUUCACCAGCAAUGUCUUCAACGAAAUCUCAGGAAAAAUCAUUACUGUACAAAAUCAAGUCAGGUGUAGAAUGAAACUCUCGCUCAUACGAAUAUUGUGAUAAUAUUGUAUAAUAUAAAAAAGACCCAAACAAAUUUUAUAAUUUCAACAUUACAAGUUGAUUAACUAAUUAAUAGAUAGUUAUGAUCGAUACGUUAAUAUGUAUAUUCUGAUAGCAAAAUUAAUAUGUUUUGCCAAAGAUAGUAUAAAUAAUCUUUAAGUAAAUAAUAUUAAUUUUAUAUACCGCAGCAAUUCCCAAUUUUAUGUUGAGAAAACUAAAGCUUUUACUUUUUAUAUUAUUAUGUACUUUCGUUAUAUGACUUUCUUUGUUUUUAAUAUAAUUCAUUACGAGAUAUAAAGUAAUUUGAUAUUGUAACGUUUAACUAUAAAAAUAUAAUUUUUUGUACAAAUGUACAUUAAUUUAAAUAUACAAACAUAAAUGUGUAAUUGAAUUUCUGUAAAACUUUAAAAACCCCAAAUAAAAAAUGAAAGAAGCGAUUGCGGGUACUCCGAAAGAAGUUUUAUGAGUAUCGAGUUCAUUUAUAAUAUCAAUAUAUUUUUGCAAUUUUUCAAAUGCUUAUUUGUUUGUCCCUACGUCCCAUUGAAAAUUUGGCAAGAGUCAUUUCGUUCUCGAGUGUUACUUAAAAUCUACUUAUAUGCAAGAUGGGGGGUUGAAUUCUAUUUACAUUGGGCUUUUGGAGGGUUGCAUCUACACGCGUACAUCGAAAGAUACACGCUCAUACAUACAGCAUACACACAAGUAAAGCAGCAUCGCAUUCAUACAGUAAUUGCAUUCAUCGUUACAUGCGCACAUACUUUACGUAGAGGCUAUACAACGAGAAAAGAUACAUUCAAAAAUUCAUGGGAAUGAAAACGAGCCCGUUUUACAUAACUUUUUUUUUCAUACACGGUUCCCGAAGUCGAAUAUAUUUUAAGUUAUUCUUGCAGGGAACAAUCAUCCCCCCAUCCUUUUUUUCGAAGCUUAACAAAGAAUAAUCUUAAACUCGACAUGACGUUUGGAAUCGUCUAUACUACGAAGCAUGACAUUACUAAUCGACUCGUAAACCGCUGAACAUUUCCUCCGUUAAUUACAAUACAGUACAUACGUUGAAUGCGGAAUUGACAAGCUUUUCAGAUGGAUGGAGUCAACUGUCGAGCGUACAAAUUAUCGAGAAAUUCUGCUAUACCAUAAGCAAUUCUGAAUAUUAUACUUAAACGUCCACAUAUCUCCGUAAGAAUAAACAUUCUGCAAAAAAUUUGGAAUCAGUAUCAAUGAACCAUGUAUUCAUGGAUCCUAAGGUCCUCUUAAAAAAACCGAAUCUUUUUAUGUUAGGAAAUUCUUUAAUCAAAAAUCUAUUGGGACAAAAAAACUUGCUAUUGAUAUCUGCAACAUUAGUUAACACGUUGACUGCCAGACGAAUUUUCCAUGGUUUGCCAAAGGCGCCGACGUGAACUUUUUAUUAUGCGAUGCAUAUUAUGUUGAAAUAUUAUUUGCAGCAAAUAAAAUGAGUUAUAAAAUCA